AUGGCCAAGUUUUUUGCCCCUGCUGCUGCGGCUCUGCUGCCCGCCGUUCUGGUAGCGGCGGCUCCUACCGCCUCCAACGCCACUGGUGGUUGCACAGUCACCCAAUACGCCCAAAUCGCCAACGCAGUCAAGACCUGUACCGACAUCACACUCUCUAACAUUGCUGCGCCUCCGAACGGCUCCAUCGAUCUCCAAAAGCUCCAGAAGGGAGCCACCACCUUUGCCACUACCGCCGAUAAUGACUUCAACCCCAUCAUCAUCUCCGGAACUGACAUUACUGUCACCGGCGCCCCUGGGCAUGUGAUUGAGGGCAAUGGCGCUGCGUACUGGGAUGGCUUGGGAUCUAACGGCGGCGGCGCCAAGCCUGACCACUUUUUCGUUGUCAAGAAGACCAUCAACGCGAAAAUUACCAACCUGAACAUCAAGAGCUGGCCCGUCCAUUGCUUUUCCAUGACCGGCAACCAGGGCCUCACUGUCAGUGGCCUCGUGCUGGACAACUCUGCUGGUGACGAGCCCAAUGCCAGAAGCGGUAGCAAGGCCGCCGCGCACAACAGUGAUGGCUUCGAUAUUUCUUCCAGCGAUAACGUCCUGCUGGAAAACAUCAAGGUUCAUAACCAGGACGACUGUGUCGCCGUCACCAGCGGAUCCAACGUCGUAGUUAACAACCUCUACUGCUACGGAGGUCACGGCCUGAGCAUUGGUUCCAUCGGCGGCAAGAGCAACAACACCGUCGACGGCGUCACUUUCUCCAAUUCCCAGAUCGUCAAGAGCUCCAAUGGCUGCCGCAUCAAGUCCAACUCUGGUACCACUGGCGAGGUCAACAACGUCACCUACAAGAACAUUACCCUUACCGACAUCGAUACGUACGGCAUUGACAUCCAGCAGGACUACCUUAACGGAGGCCCGACUGGUGUUCCCACCAACGGUGUCAAGAUCUCUGGCAUUCAUUUCGUCGAUGUAACUGGUACUGCCACUAGCGAUGCCUACAACUACUACAUUCUUUGCGGUGAAGGCAGCUGCUCUGAUAUCACCUUUGAGGACACCAGGAUCACCGGAGGCGGCAAGGGAGGCAGCUGUAACUUCCCCGCCAGUGGAUGCCCUGCAUAA